UCAUCAAGCAACAUCUCUUGAUCCAGUGGCCACUGCGAAAGACCGCCCUCUGCCUUCCUAAUCCUCUAGUCACCAUCACGCCACUCUCAACAAUGGAGUCAACUUCGCCCAUCGAGAUCGACUACGACCUCGCCCUCCGCGAGCUCGAGCUCAAGUGGUCGUUCCAGAAGGAAGUCCUCGCCCACGAGUUUGCCGGUUCCGAGGACCCUAUUGCCUGGCAGGCGCACUUCGACAGCUGCAUUGCAAAGGCACAGGCAGGCCCGCCCCCGGAGAGCCACGACGACAAGAUUCUCAAGUCCCAGGGCCUGGCCCAGUACAUGAUCAAAGGCCCUGCUGUCUUUCAUGUCGAGGUCGACGGCGAUAGUUUGUUGACCACUGGAGGCUUGGGCUGCUGUACCAUCCAUGUCAUUGACUCGCCCAGGGUUAUGGUCGAUGGACUGAUGAACGGCAGGGUUUUGUCGAAGAAGAAUGUCUACUACGACAGAUCGGCCGAGGCGUCCUCCAGCAAGUCCACCGAGGGCGAGGCCUCCUCAAGCAAGUCCACCGAUGCUGGCAAGUCCGCCGACGCUAACAAGUCCACCGACGCUGACAAGUCCACCGCGGCAUCCUCAAGCAACUAGCCUGGUUCGGUAUCGCUGCGCAGCAUGAGCGUGAGGAAGUCAUUCUUCCCUUGAGGUAGUGCUAUAAUGUUAAUGCACUAUCACAUCCCCUCAACACCUCGCAGCGACAACGAUAGCGCUCGAUCUCAUUCAGUCUUGGCGCAGACUACCUCAACUUCAAUAGUCAAAUCCGCCCAUCAGCAGCAAGAACCACGAAGAAUUUCACGCACAUACACCUCUUCUAACAAUCUUGACGGAUUAGAUCAAGGAAAGAAAGGGAGAAUUCGGGAAUGGGGACUAGCUAUCGAUGAAGGGGUGCAAGAGUUAAUGGGAAUGGACAGAGGGUAAACGUCAAGAAGUCAACCCUUGUGCCUACAGACCUAGCUAUGAUUAAAGUAAAGGGAAUAAAGGAGGAU